AUGCCAGGGCAUACCGACGUAUUUCAUGUGGAAGGCCAAACUAGUCAUGAUCACGAGACAAAUUAUCUGGAUAAUGUUUCUAGUCCACUUGAUGUUAAUGACAUAGCAGAAGUUGAGAGUCAGUUAAUGGGUAGCAAUGAUCAGACGAUUAGAGGACACAAUUUUUAUUUUUUUCAGGAAACAACUGCAACAGACGCAGAAGUGAUUGAACUGACUAAUUCGACGCAUCCAGUGAUCAUUAUAAAAGGGGGUUCAUUAUAUGAUGAGUUCUGUUGCUGCGCAGUCGUUGUGGAAGAUUUUAUUCUUGUGGAGGGAAGCGAUAUGUUGGAGGGUACUCUCCUGCUUCUUGCAGCACAUUUUUUGUAUGGGAUGAUACUUGACAUAAAACUUACGGAAGAGCAGAAGAGGGAUCAAAAAAGUAUGAAAAGCCGCAAACGAAAAAGGGCUGCUCGUGAUACAAAAUAAAUGCAGAAUGUAACUAAAUUCGGCUCGAU